AUGGCUGCUGCAGCACUUGCUCGUUCUUCCACGCUAGCACCCGUGAAAUCCAUCAGCCUUCUACUGUCGCAAAACGUCACAAGCAAACAACGCACCCUAGCUCCCCAAUUCUGGCUCUCCAAGCCGUCUCGCCCUUCACCAAUCCGCUGCGAGGCCCCACCGACCAUGACAGAACGCGAACAGAACCGCCAACUGAAAGUCGCGCCGUCGUCCCUCGAAUACAACGACCGGAUGAAACGACAGAUGGCGAAUCCGUACGAGUACCACCACGAGCUCGGAAUCUACUACACCCGCGUGCACCCUAAGAUCAUCGUCGGCUCGCAGCCGCAAACACCGGAGGACAUAGACCGUCUGCAGCGUGACGAGGGCGUGCAGGUGAUUCUUAAUCUCCAGCAAGACCACGACAUGGCGUACUGGAGCGUGGACAUCGGCGCCAUCAUCAAACGGUGCAGGGAGCGCCAUGUGGAGCAUCACCGCCGGCCAGCCGUUGAUUUCGAUCCCAAUUCGCUCCGCCAUGAGCUUCCCAGGAUGGUUGCAGUGAUCGCCAAGGCCGUCGCGGAAGGGAAAACCGUCUACGUGCACUGUACCGCGGGUCUCGGCAGGUCUCCGGCAGCUGUGAUAGCGUAUCUGUUCUGGUUCGCCGAGCCGCGCGUGGACCUGAACGGCGCGUACGACCACGUUACAUCUCUCCGCCCGUGCGGUCCCAAGAAGGACGCCAUCCGCGGCGCGACAUACGACUUGGCGAAGAACAGUCCAUACCAGCCGCAAUUCGAGCACCUUCCGGAUUUCGCGUUUACUGACGUGGCGCAGUGGGAGAGAGACCUUAUCCGCCAGCGCGUGUGGUCUCUAGCUUAA